GGGCCCGAAGUUGUUCCGCGCUGGGCUGCGGGGCUGGCGGGCGGACCGGGCCGGGCCGGAGAAGUUUUCACCGCGGCUGCUGAGUGAGGGUGCGGGCCCCCGCAGGCGGUGCACGCCCGCUGCCAUGGCUUUCCGUAGGAGGACGAAAAGUUACCCGCUCUUCAGCCAGGAGUUCAUCAUCCACAACCAUGCAGACAUCUGCUUCUUCUUGGUGCUCUGCGUCCUCAUCGGGCUUAUGUUCGAGGUCACAGCCAAGACUGCCUUCCUAUUUAUUUUACCUCAGUAUAACAUUAGUGUGCCUACAGCAGACAGCGAGACAGUGCACUACCAUUACGGCCUAAAGGACCUGGUCACCAUCUUGUUCUACGUCUUCAUCACCAUCAUCUUGCAUGCCGUGGUUCAGGAGUACAUCUUAGACAAAAUCAGCAAACGCCUUCAUCUCUCCAAGGUCAAACACAGCAAGUUCAACGAAUCUGGACAGCUGCUCGUCUUUCAUCUCAGCUCAGUGGUCUGGUGCUUCUACGUGAUGGUAACGGAAGGAUAUUUAACAAACCCAAGGAGCCUCUGGGAAGAUUACCCACAUGUGUACCUCUCCUUCCAGGUGAAGUUUUUCUACUUGGGUCAGCUGGCGUACUGGUUGCACUCGCUACCUGAACUCUACUUCCAGAAGGUACGGAAGGAAGAAAUCCCCCGCCAGCUGCAGUACAUUUGUCUGUACCUGCUUCACAUCGCUGGGGCAUACCUCUUAAACCUGAGCCGCCUGGGGCUGAUCUUGCUACUACUGCAGUACUCCACGGAGGCCCUUUUUCACAUGGCUCGGCUCUUCCACUUUGCCGACGAGAAUAAUGAGAGGCUGUUUAAUGCCUGGGCUGCUGUGUUUGGGGUCACCCGUCUCUUCAUCCUCACUCUCGCUGUGUUGACCAUUGGCUUUGGAUUGGCUCGGGUAGAAAACCAGGUGUUUGACCCUGAGAAAGGGAACUUUAACACCUUGCCUUGCAGACUCGGCAUGCUGCUGCUGGUGUGUGUUGCCCAGGCCUGGCUCAUGUGGCGCUUCAUCCACUCCCAGCUGCGGCACUGGCGAGAGUAUUGGAAGGAACAGAGUGCCAAGCGCAGAGUCUCUGCUGUCCCCAGGCUCCCAGCCAGGCUCCUCAAGAGAGAACCUGGUUACCAUGAAAAUGGAGUGGUGAAGGCAGAGAACGGGACCUCCUCACGGACUAAGAAACUCAAGUCUCCCUAACGCCAUUGUGCUGAGAACAGGGAUCCUCUGCGUGAGGGCCCGGCAGAGAUGAGGAGCCUUGGCCCCAGCUCAGCCUCUCCGCCCUCCUGCCUAUACUCCAGCUCCACCAGCAGAAGCCUUGGCAUCAAGGGGGAGUGCCUCUCUGCCUUCUAGUCUUUCUCUUCUUUCAUAAACCAUUCUCAAUAAAGCCAAAAAUCUUCUACUGUUGCUCCCUUGAGCCACCUCAUGGCCUUACCUCUGUCCUAUCUUGGGGUUUUCUCAGAGGCCUGCAUUUUCCUAGUCAUCUUCCUGCUUUUCUCUCUGUCUCUCUGUCUGUCUCUGUCUGUCUGUCUCUCUCUUUCUCUCUCUCUCUCUCUUUCUCUCUCUCUCUCUCUUUCUUUCUCUCUCUCUCUCUCUCUCUCUCUCUCUCUCUCUCUCUCUCUCUCUCUCACACCCUUCAUGGCUGCUUCUCCUCCUUUCUUCCUAACUUUAAUGUGCAAUUUCUCUGAUUUGUACAACGGGAGGGAGCUAAGAUGGCAGUCCUGCCCUUGGGUCCCAGGACUUGCCAAUCUGGAAGCCUCUCGCCAAGGAGCUUCCCCUAGAGCUGGUGGCAGAUCCUUGGUGGCCCUUGUGGAAGGACAGCAGGAAGAGGAAAAGCCAUCCCUCUCGGAUUACAAUAUUCUUGGUGCUGACCGACAGACAAGAUGUAGGAUUCUGGUUCUACGUGUCCAACCCCUAAGCGUUUCGCUUUGGGGACAUAGUGACUUAACCCAGAAAGACAGUGUUAAUUAACUCCUGAGCCCCAGGACUCCAAAGAGCUUCCAGUGUGGCAUUUGAAUUAGAAACCAGCCUGCCUUCGCUCUAUGGGGAGACGUGCUAAGGAGGAUGUGCCUUCCCACUUGUUCCACACGAGCAAAGCAUGUCAAACAGCUGCCUCUUCUAGAAAGGUGGCUUGACAAACAGAAGAGUCGAUCUGGACCGCUUUCCAGCGGUGCCAGCUGCUGUUCUUUCAUUACCCAUCCACCAGCAUCUGAAACCAAACCAAAUGGCAGUUGCAAACCUGCCCAAGACACGCUGUUCCCAAGUCCAGAGUCAGCCUACCCCAGCUGGAGCCAGACUUGCAACCUCAACUUCAUCUCUGCAGAAACAUGAAGCCCAAGGACUCCAUCGCUGUGUUUUCCCCUGGCGUCCCAGGGAGAGUCACCAGGCCACCCUCCCUCUGGCCUCACCUGAGUGUUCCUUAAAGUUGUUAAUGUUGUUUGUUGAGCACACCUAGAGCUUGACACUAGGAUGCCUCAGGGUCACUCUUCUGGUUACGUGAGCCAAUGCAGCCAUGUCUACAAGAGUCUGUGACCCCCUUCCCUUCGGUGUUCUUUCCUCUUCUACCUGAAGACGGGGUCACCAGGUCCUUAUGGUACCUUGUGAGGACUUCCAGAAUGGAUGUAGGCUUUAAAGGGUCCCCAAACUCUGUGCUGGAGUAUAGAGGAACAGUCCUUGGCGAUACAGGAAUGUUAAUGUUACCUGAUGUACCUGCCUUCCUUUGACACCAGAGCUUGAGUGUUUACCCAUAAACAGGGAGAUGGGUCUUCCUCAAGACAGCUUCCCUCUCCACUCACAAUGAUGGAUGUAAUAUCUAACUUACCUGUAACUGAGGAAUUUGCUUCCAAACAUCAAUGUGGCAUUUUUUUUCUCUGUGUCCAGGUUAAACAUACAUAAUAGAGAUGAGAUCCCCUUGGUUUCUUUUGUAUGAGCUUAGGAAGCAAGACAGUUUUAGAAGUACAUUUCUCUAUUCUCUCCCUCUUCUUUCCUGGCCCUCCUCUGGGCAUCCCCACAGAAUUGAUCUGGCACCUCUCAGACGGUGCAGCCCCCCUGCCCUGGUAGGAAUUUUAAUUGAGCUUAUUCUUUGAGAUGCUGUCUGAAGCUGUGUGGAAGCUCAGCCAGUGACUCCCAAGCUCGCCUCACCCCACCACUCUAGGUGUCCUCCUGGACCAUCCCCAAGCUAAGAGCUUGCCUCCCUAAAUCACUGGCAGGCCCUUGCCAGCUCACUGCAGGAACUUUGUCUCUAGGCUGAACUAUUAAGUUACUCCUUAAGUAAAUACUUGUGACAAGCAUGAGACAUAUGAAGGUCUUGGAGGAACAGAGGUACAAAGACCAGCUGUCUUGGAUCCAGUGGUCUUGUCCCUGUUGGGGAGGGGUUUGUUAUUCCUUCCUGGUACACUUAGAUGUCUGAGAUGAUGUGGAUUCGUUCCAUAGGUGUCUUGCAAGCUUCCUUUGUUGCUUGUUUGUUGGAUAUAUUACCAGGAGUCCAAGUGUUGGGAUUGAACAUAAGGUCAGUAGUAGGAGUUUGGAGUGUUCAUUUCCAGAAAAGCCUGAGACUAAGACCAACAGCUCAUCAGUCUUGACUUCUGGGAUGUUGCAGGCUUGGUUGAACUAUGGGGUGCUUUCUUAUCCACCCAGCCUCUCUGGCAUUGAUGUUAUAGGAAAGCCAAGACUUUGUGAAGUUGGCACAAACCUUGUAGCCAAAAUUACAGCAACUAAGUUCUGCACCAUCCUGCGAGCAUGCAGGCUAGCUUGUAAGUUGGGUGCCCCGGCCCCAUUCUUUGUCUUUAUGCAGGCUCUCCUGUCCCACAAAGUCCCACGCCCUUAGUGAAGGACCUGCCAUACUCCCCCUGCCAAGUGUAAGAUAUUCAGCACCAUCUACCAGGACCAGAAGAUGCUAAUCACUACCUCAGCCUCCACUGCCUGUCUCUCAACAUCCCUGGAAUGCCAGCCGGCACCAGCGACAGGGGUGGUGGACCGAGAACUCUCUGUUGCUCGUUGCCCUCCCCAGAGGUGUGGUGAUGGGACGGUUACUACCCAGGCGUGGGUGCCUACAGGAUGAAUUAACUCCUUGUGUCCCUCCUACAUUCAGAGGUAGUCCUGGGGGAAGGAGAAGCAGAGUAUGCCAGGAAGGGAGGCUUUCUGCCAUUCUGGUCAGUCCUAACCCUGUGUACCUAAAUGGUUUUCAACAGCAUCAUCUGACUGGCCUAAGGGUGAACGUUAGUCCCGUAAAUUUAGAUGACUGCGCUCUGGUUACUCACACUCUGCUUUUGUGGCAUGCCAGGGACUGUAAGAGCUCCUGAAGGUGGAGACCUGUUUAGUCCCCUCUGGCAUUUUUUUUCUGAGGUUUACUUUUUGUUGUUGUUGUUGUUUGUUUUGUUUUGUUUUGUUUUGUUUUAAGUAGGAGCAGAAAGAGUGCAUUGUCCAAGAAGUCUGCAGAGCUCACUUAGAUUCCACACACCCUUAAAGAAACUUGCUGACUUCUUUCAGCUAGAGAAGGCCUUCAUUUGCAUUCGUCUUUAAUGGCUUUCAGCCUUCCCGGUGGGGUUUGCAGAAGUCUGGAGUGGGAGUAGGUUAUAGGGUCUGGGCUUAGCUAAUUUUUCUCUACUUGAGGGUCUCUGUGUCUCCAGGAAACACGUUUUCAUUCUUGAUCUCUGGGCUUCUGUUCUUCACCCGUGUGGAAUGGGCUUAAAGCCUGUGAGUCAGGACAGUGAGCAGGUUUUCCACCUCCCUUGUUCUCCUGAGCUUUCAGCUUCUUUCCUUAGAACAGGGUCUUAGGGAGACUAUCAAUGUCAGACUUUUGAAAACGUCUGUAGAAUCCUUCUCCAGCCUGUGGUUAGCUUUAGGAGGAUGCUGAUUCCAACUUCUCGCCCUUUACCCAGCUUUUAAUGCAAGUGUUGGCUCCAUUAUGUCUGCUUUCAGAGCUCGGCAGAUGAGAAGAGAAGUCACGCUGAGCAGCCUCUGAGAACCUUCCGGGCUUGUCCUCAGCAGGUCCUUGUUCUUUUGUGUAAAAAGUGCCUUAUAUUGCCUUGCGGCCUUCACUGGUACUGUAUGGCCGGGCUCUCAACUGCCAGGGCUCCAGGGCUGACUGGCAUACACAGCCAAUGACACCAUACCUCAGCACAGCUCCAAGGGAAAGAGACAUGGGUUGACAGUUUUGUCUCAUUUGUUCUGACCCUCUUCUCCCUCACACAUAGCGUAAGACCUUGCAUGUUCUCUGGUUUAUUCUAGUUUCCCCUUGUCUGUACCUUCUGGCUGUGGAAGCCUGUGAGGUGGCCCAGCAGCAGGCACCCAUGCCUCCUAUCUAAUAAGGGAAGCUUGGGGGUUGGGAAGAAGGUCACCUCUGUGUACCUCUGACCCUAUGUGUCGAGCCCCACUCUUCCGGUCUCCUCAUUCGCACCCCAGUUUAGAAACAGCCCCUUCUUCCCAUCUGUUUUACUUCCAUGUUGCCCAAAGUUUGUAUGAGGAAUGUGUUUACUUGUACUCACUGGUUCCAAGUCUUAGCUCAUUGGUAACCUGUUUGGCAUUGCCUAUGGCCUGGUAGCUGCAAAGCUUCUGGAUUCCUGUCAGGGUUAUCUUGUGUUCAUAGUACUGCACCUGCCUGCCCACCUGUUCCCGCCAUUCCGGGUUGUGCAAUAACCCUCCCAGCCAGUGGUCUUUCCCACAGGCCUUUGUCCUUUACUGCAUCCUGCAAUAUCGGGAGAGAGGGGACCCAUGGGAGGGGUCAUCAUCAUCCUUUACAGAAGUGUCAGUCGCUUCCUGUUGCUGUCAUUCUCACGGUCCUGGGUGGGUUUCUGUGGCAAUCUUAUAGAAUGUGUUGUGUCGUCUUAGACAUCUUUAUGUUGUUUUAAAAAAUAAAAUAAAAAAAUGUGUUGAAGAGAAAAAAAAAUCCUCAGACUGGGACAUUGUCAGUGUCUGGAAAUAAGAUCGAUCUGGAGUCGGCUGACAUCACUGUCACCACCAAAGGCAUUCCAGGGUUUCUUGUUCCUGUACAAAGGAUGGGCCAUGUUUCCAAGAAUCAGCCACAGUGGUGAGCCCUGUCUGCCCUUUUACUGCCGCCUCCCAGCCCCACCCCCGUGAUGGGGUCUGGCUGUGGUGGUGAGUGCCACAUUCUUUGGGGUACAGAUUCAUGUGUGAUUAAACCUCACUUUUCAGUUACUCUUGUUUAACAAGGACCUGAAGGACAAGCCGAGGAACUGGGGUCCCCGCGCAACUCACAAUGCAAAUGUGGACAUGUUGUUCUACAUUAGCCUGUUCAAGUUAUGGACCAAAUUCAAUAAGGAACUCAAGGAAAAUGUGUACCUACCGUAUUUAUGCUUUCUUAUUAAAGGCUUGGGGGGAGGGACAUCUUUUGGUAAAGUUUUUUUUUUUUUUUUUUCAGAGUUCUUUCUCCACUGUUUCUGUGUGGUCUUAGAAACAAGCUACAGUUUUGUAUGGAUUUUUUUUAAAUGUACAUUUUGAAACAAAUGAUCUAAUAUUUUCUGAAAUACAUGAAUAAAGGGCAUAGAAUUAUUGGUCAUAACAGUCUC